AAUCAAUCCAGCUUUCACUGCUUCCCUUCUUUCAACUCCACAAGCGCGAGCUCGUGUUUCGCACGCUCCUCGAAGCCAUGCAAAUAUGGCGGCGCGCCUUUACUACGUCGGUCGCCAGGCUGCAGACUAAGCCGCGUACAGCACCCGGCGCGGCGCUUCCCCAGGGCGCGCAAAUUCGGUCCAAGCCGCCGCCGGUUAAUCCUGAAAUACUGGGCAAGGACAUCACUCUCCAGGGUUCCGUUCGCUCUGUGCGGAAACACAAGCGAUUUGCCUUUGCGGAGUUGUCUAAUGGCUCUUCGAUCCACACCAUACAAGCCCUCCUCACACCGGCGCAGGCUGCCGAUCUGUCUACAGGGGCCGUGGUGGCGAUCAAUGGUACAGUGAGAGAAUGCCCGCCUGGCAAGGAGCAGAGCUUCGAGCUUCACGCGAAAGACGUCAAUGUCCUCGGAGAAUCCGACCCUGAGACAUACCCCAUCCAAAAGAAGUACCACAGUCCCGAAUUCCUCCGUCAAAUUCCACACCUCCGCUUCCGAACGCCCUUCAACUCCGCGCUCGCGCGAUUCCGCUCGGAAUGUCUGUAUCAGCUGGGACAAGUGUUGCGAGAGGGUCCGCGGGAAAUGCCCCCCUUCAUGCAGGUCCACCCGCCCAUCAUCACGUCGUCGGACUGCGAGGGCGCCGGCGAGACGUUCACAAUUACCCCGCGGGAGACCCAGGCUAAGGGAGAGCACUUCUUCCGGUCGCCGAAGUACCUGUCGGUGUCGUCGCAACUGCAUCUCGAGGCGUACGCGGCGGAGCUAGGCCAGGUGUGGACGGUGACGCCCACGUUUCGGGCCGAGAAGAGCGACACGCCGCGGCACCUCAGCGAGUUCUACAUGCUCGAGGCAGAGGCGAACUACCUAUACAACCUCGAUCAGCUCACCAACCUGGUGGAACAUAUCAUCCGGAAUCUGGUCUCUCGGCUAGGCAACGGGCCGGGAGUAGAGAUCAUGCUCCUCAAGCGACUCGACGAAUCCGGGCAAGACACGACAGACGCGACAACGUCCAUGAUCCGCAACCGGUGGGACAAGUUAAUGGCCCCGACGCUAUGGCCACGCAUAACCUACACGCACGCGAUCGAGGAGCUCCAAGCAGCGGUCGAACGCGGCGAAGUCACCUUCGAGCACGCGCCGACCUGGGCGGGCGGGCUGCAGCUUGAGCACGAGAAGUUCAUCGUGGACGUGAUCCACGACGGCAAGCCUGUGUUCGUAACGGACUACCCCAAGGCCGUCAAGCCAUUCUACAUGGCGCCGUCUGGCCCCAGCACCUGGAACAAGGACCCCGUCAAGCAGGGUGACACCGUCGCCUGUUUCGACCUCCUCUUCCCGGACGUCAGCGAAGUCGCUGGGGGGUCGCUGCGCGAGCACCGCCUGCCGGAGCUCAUCCAGAACAUGCGGGAGCACGGGAUGGUGCGCAAGCGCUCGCCCGAGGAGGGCGCCCCGAAUGAAGCGACUUAUCCAUGCCUUGAGCCCGGCGAGGACCUCGGGCCGCUGCAGUGGUAUGCGGACCUUCGACGGUGGGGGUCUGCGCCGCACGGCGGCUUCGGACUGGGUUUCGACCGGUUCGUUGGGUACCUGGCGGGGGUGUCGAACGUGCGGGAUGUGGUGGGAUUCCCGCGGUAUUUCGGACGGGCUGAUUGUUAGAUGGACGGGUGUAUAUAUGUAUGAUAUUUUCUACGUGAUCAUGGUGAUCUA